AUGGCAGAGAUAAAUCUCAAGCCUGUCAUCAUUGAGAUGUGGAUCGAGUAUGCCAUCGGUAUAAUCGUCCUCUUUCUCCGACUUUUCGCUCGACUACAAAGGAUCAAAUUUACAAAGUUUAGGACCUGGGCGCUGGAUGAUUGGUUCACUAUUCCUGCCAUUAUUCUAUGGACUUUUGAAGUCUCCAUGUGCCAAAUCAUAACACAAUUAGGCAGUAUCACCGGCCUAACGAACGAAGUCGCAUCGAAAUUCACGCCUGAACAAGUCAAGAGCUUCGAGACGGGAAGUAAAUGGUUGUUUGCGGCGUGGUAUGUCUAUGUAACUAUGGUAUGGACUCUCAAAGCCAUGAUGCUUUCACUUUUAUACAGAGUCACCAAGUCACUUCCCGAGGAGCGUCUCGUUAAACGGGCCUCGAUCUUCGUUGCUAUUUGCUAUCUAAUCACCAUUGGUGUUGUUUCAGGUCAUUGCUGGCCUACCUAUCAACUCUGGCAGGUUUAUCCUGUUCCAUCAGCCGACUGUUCCCAAAACCGAGCCAAGUACUACGCCCUUGUUACGACCAACGUUGCGACCGAUAUUAUCAUAAUGGCCCUGCCUAUUCCUUUGCUAUGGAAGCUACAAGUCAACCUAAGGAAGAAGCUGGUCUUUGGCUUAAUAUUCUGCGGUGGAAUCUUUAUUAUUAUUUGCACCCUUCUCCGUUGUAUUAUCUGUCUGAGCAUGCCAGAGCGACUGGAUCUUGGACUUAGUUGGUCCAUCCGUGAGACAGUUGUCGGAAUCAUCGUCACAAACGUGUCAUCGAUCAAACCCCUCUUUACCGGUCGCAACUUCAGCACGAACGAUAGCUCGAAUCAAAAAUCUAGCCAUCUGGGUUUCUCGCAUCCUGGCAAUACACACAAGAUGUCCCGGAUGGAGAGACUACCUGAUGGAAAUGGAAGCACUACUGGAAGUCAAGAGUGUAUAGUUCGGGGAAGUGGCAAGAACCAAACCACGAUUGUCGCAGAUGAUAAUAGUUCGGAUCACAAGUCUGAUCACAAGUACAGCGGACGGAUCCACGUUACAACAGACUUUCACGUUGCAUAG